UAAAAACGCGCACACGCAGGCACACACACAGAGAUAGACUCUAUGCCUCUGCGCAUCUCACCUCUUUCCCCUUUCCUACAGACAAGAAUGCGCAGCUCCAUUCAUACUGAUGUGAACUUCUGCUCACCUUCGACUUUAUUUUAAAACACAUCUCUUGCUUCAGACAACAAAUGGGCAUCAAAGGUGAGCUGUGUGUGAAAUGGCUCCUGUGCCAUUUUGCGCUCAUCACAGUUUUCACUGAGAGAGCGUUUGGACAGAUCCGCUACCCCAUUCCAGAGGAGCUGGAACACGGGGCUUUCGUGGGAAAUAUAGCGGAGGAUUUGGGGUUGGAUUUGGAUAAACUGUCUAUGCGCAGAUUUCGGAUAGUUUCCGGCUCCAAGAAGCAAUACGUGGAGGUGAAUUUGGAGAACGGUGUCCUGUUUGUCAAUGAGAGAAUUGAUCGAGAGGAACUGUGCGAACAGAGUUUAUCCUGUUCUUUCCAUCUGCAAGUUGUGAUAGAAAACCCACUGGAGUUGUAUAGAGUGGAGAUCGAGAUUCUGGACGUGAAUGAUAACUCUCCCAGCUUUCCCUGGACAGAGAUCAACCUUGACAUAUCCGAAUCUGCUGCGCCAGGAUCGCGUUUCCCUCUGGAGAGCGCGCAGGACAUGGACGUGGGAUCCAACUCGCUGCGCACCUACUUACUGAGCGUAAACGAACAUUUCAACUUAGACAUCCAGACGCGGAGUGACGGUAGUAAAUUUGCAGAGCUGGUCCUACAAACACCGCUGGAUAGAGAGCAGCAGAGCGCCCAUCAGAUGGUGCUCACGGCGGUGGACGGAGGUGCGCCAGAGAGGUCAGGCACUGCGCAAAUCUACAUCACUGUUCUGGACGCGAACGACAACGCGCCCGUGUUUGAUCAAUCGUUUUACAGAGUGAGGCUCGCCGAAAACGCACCAAAAGGUACAGUGAUAAUAAAACUCAACGCCUCUGACCAAGACGAGGGACCAAACGCAGACAUUAAUUACUCCUUUAGUGGCCACGCUCCGUUAAAGGUGCGCCAGCUUUUCAGCGUGGAUCCACGCACGGGAGAAAUAAAAGUAAAAGGAGUGAUCGACUACGAGAAAGCAAGGAUGCAUGAAAUUUACGUGCAGGCGAAAGAUAAAGGUCCCUCUGCCGUGGCGGUGCACUGCAAAGUGCUUGUGAACGUCUUGGAUAAGAAUGACAACCUGCCUGAGGUGAUCUUGACCUCAGUGUCCACACCUGUGCAAGAGGACGCGCCGCCAGGGACCGUUAUAGCUGUUAUCAGUGUGAUGGAUAAAGACUCGCGUGAAAAUGGGAAUGUGGACUGCGAGAUCCCGCAUCACAUCCCGUUUCAGCUACACUCAUCCUUCAAGAACUACUACACCUUAGUAACCUCUGACUUUCUAGACAGAGAGGCUGUGGCAGAUUAUAACAUCACUGUCACUGCAAGAGAUAUGGGUUCUCCUCCUUUAUUUACAAGGAAGACAAUCUUCGUCCAGGUCUCUGAUGUGAAUGAUAAUGCCCCUAAUUUUAAGCAACCCUCUUAUACUGUUUAUCUGACAGAGAAUAACGCACCAGGCGCGUCAAUCUGCUCUGUGAUUGCAACGGACCCAGACUCAGGUCAGAAUGCGUAUUUAUCAUAUUCUGUACUAGAGGGGGACAUAAAGGGAAUGCCUGUUUCCACAUAUGUAUCUAUAAACUCGGACAACGGGAACAUUUACGCACUACGCUCAUUCGAUCACGAGCAGCUUAAAAACUUUCAGGUCACUGUGAAGGCUCAGGAUGCGGGAUUUCCACCUCUCAGUAGCAACGUGACAGUGAGCAUCUUUAUUUUGGAUCAGAACGACAAUGCGCCCCUGAUUUUAUCCCCUGUUACGCAAAACGGCACAACGACGAACGCAAUCGUGCCAAGAUCAGUGGACGCGGGUUAUCUGGUGACUAAAAUCAAUGCAGUAGACGCGGACUCUGGACAGAACUCGCGGCUGAUUUACCAGAUGCUCCAAGCCACUGACUCCAGUUUGUUCAGUGUGGCUCUGUACACAGGCGAGAUCAGGACGAUGCGCCAGAUAGAGGAUAAAGAGCCCACCAGGCACAGGCUGGUCAUUCUGGUGAAGGACAAUGGUCAGCCUCCCCUUUCGGCCACAGUUUCCAUCAUUUUGUCAGUAGUUGACAGCUUGCCAGAUCUACAGCCUGAUUUGGGUGACCUUUCACAGAGCCUGCAUCACAGCUCCAGCUUCACCCUGUACUUAAUCAUGGCUCUGGGUGCAAUCUCCUUCACGUUCCUGCUGGCUAUCAUCGUCCUUGUUGCAGCCAGAAGAUUGAAGGGCAGAUUGCCCAGCAAGGCGUCCAGCCUCCCCUCCGUCAGCAGUUGCUGUGGCUGUUGCUCUCCUUCACAGCUCUCCUCCUCCAACACCACCACAACCACAGAGGUUUUCAAAAAGUCCAACCUGAACGUCCGCAUGUCCUCUGCAGGUGCUUCAGGGUGCACUGAAGCCAGUAGCAGCGGCCCUCACCCGCAGGUGUACUGCUACAAAAUGUGUCUGACCCCUGAGUCUUCCAGAAGUGACUUCAUGUUUCUUAAGCCUUGCAGUCCGGUUCUUUCGGUACAGCAGAACAACACCAAGAGCACUGAUUACCUGACCUCAGGCUGGAGCACGCUGGAGCGUAACGAUAUAUCCAACAACCGAGGAGUAAGCCCUAAUGAGCUUAGGUAUUCCCACAAGAACUUAACAUGGACCAAGAACCAGCGCAACUCGGCUUACAAAAGAUAUAGCUCGGCUAACAUGGAGGGUACUCUUUCACGGCAGCCAAAGUGUGACACAGACAGUUUCUCCGUGGCUCCACAGUACUGGACCUGGGGAAACCAGAUGAAUGAAUGCAAGAGAUCUCUCCAAGAGGCAGCCUCUCCUAACAGCUCAUGGACUCCGAAGCAAACUCAGCCUCAUUCCGAGGCAGCGGAUUAUCAGCACAACGUUUACAUUCCUGGCUCCACGUCUGGCUACAGCACACUGAAGCUGACGUCCAGAGGGGACCUGGACGUUUUCAACACCUUCUCCACCUUUGGCAAGAAAAACAAAUUUAUCUCCAGCUAUGAACAAACAUUUGACAUGGAUAAUGGCAUCAUAAGCAAUUCCAUUUUUAAAUGAGUGUUGGAAGCUUUCAACUGUUAUAUUAUUGUUAUGAUUCGUAAACAUUCAUUGGAGACUUUGUUGCCCUUACUUUUUAUUAAGUUGUUUUAAAUUUACAAUUGAUUUCUAAACAGUGAUAGUAAGGUUUAACAAAUAAUGUAUGACUGAAACACAGCUUUUCUGUUUCACUCUUUGGUUUUUGUUGGGGUCACCUAUUUGAUGAAGGGUCUUUUCUAAGCAAAUUAGCACUUAAUAUUAAGCCUGUAUUUGCUUGCAUAAAUGUAAAUAUUAUUGUAAAGAAAUUCACUAUAAUACUUUGUAAAUUCUGUAAGUAGUUACAUUUAUAAUAAUUCAUUCUAUAAAAUCAAAUACCUAUCACCUAUUAAACACUAUAAUUACUUCUAUUUAUUUUCAGUACAGUUCAAUGCAGCUCUUGUUUUAAAAGAGGUGUCGGGGCAGGAAAUAGCAUAACUUAUUUUGAAAUUAUUUCCAACUUUUUUAUCCACUGAUACAUUUUAUAUGUUUUCCUUACAGUGGGUAAAAUAAAAACUGAACAUGCCACCAUUUUUCUCAGUCAUAUAGUUCUAGAGCUGCUAUUACAUGACAUUUUCAACAGAUGUCGGUAACAAUUCCAGCAAUCCACACAUGUAAGGAAAGCUUCAAGACGCAUCCUGUAUGGAGAAAUUAGACACACUGAUUGAUUGACUUUAUUGAUCUCACAGUGGACAAAUUUACUUGUUGCAUGCUGAAGUCUCUUAUUUAGCAAGAUUAUUAUACAGGGUUUUUGCACAGGGUAUUUACAUCGGUGUUUAUAUAGUUGGUUAUUAAUAUAUAUAGCUAUUGCACUGGGUAUCAAAUAUAAAGGAACAGGUAAUUGCAAAUGGUAUUAAAUAGUAAUAGCACAUUAUACAUUGCACAAGUUAGUGCAGUUGUAGUGUCGCAUUGUAGAAUCUGGUGGCAGCAGGGAUGAAUGACCUGCGGUAGCGCUCCUUUUUUACAACGGUGUAAAAGUCUUUCACUAAAGGAGCUGCUCAGCUCUUCUACACUCUGGUGCAGGGGGGGAGAGGUGUUCUCCAUGAUGGAUGUAAGCUUGGACAGCAGUCUCCUCUCAGCCACUUCCUCCACUGAGUCCAGAGCGCAGCCUAGGACAGAAAUGGGAACAGCAUGCAUUGCUCAGGUAUACUUUUUGCCCAUUCUUCUACACAAACAGUUUUCAAAUCUUGAAGGUUUUAUGUGCAUCUUCUAUGAACUCUGAUCUUUAGUUCUUUCCAGAUAUUUUUUAUUAGAUUCAAUCAAGUCAGGUGAUCGUCUAGGCCAUUCUAGCAGUUUUUUUCUCUUUCUCUGACACCGAUUGAGAGUUUCCAUGGCUGUGUGUGUUUCCAUGGCUGUGUGUUUGGGGUCAGUGUCCUGCUGAAAUAUCCACCCUCGUUUCAUCAUCCUGGUAGAUGGCAGCAGAGUUUUAUCAAGAAUGUCUCUGUACUUUUUUUAUUCAUCCUUCCUUCUAUCAUUUGAAGUUUGUCUGUAGCAUAUGCUGAAAAACAGCCCCACACCAUGAUGAUCCCACCUCCAAACUUCAUGUAGGUGUGAUAUUUUUGGAUUGAUGUGCAGUGCCAUCUGACCUCCAAACAUGAUGUGUAUAAUGGCAUCCAAAGAGUCAAUUUUGGCCUCAUGUGACCAGAUUAUAUAAUCCACAGGCUUGUCUGUAAAUGUUGUGCAGCAAACUUUAAAAAAUCUUCAAUAUGCUUUUUCUUAAGCAAUGUAGUUUUGCAUGGUGAGCGUUCAUACCGGCCAUGACCGUUGAGUGGAGUACCUAUUGUUUUCUUUUAAGCAAUUUUACCUUCUAAUUCCAGAUCUUUCUGAAGCCCUCCACAAGUGGUCUUUGGCUCUUGAACAACUCUCCUAAUAAUUAUUUUCACUCCUCUGUCAGAGGAAAACCUUCUCUUGUGAGAAGCACCUGGUCGUGGUCAGUUUAUGGUGAAAUUAUAUUCUUUCCACUUCCAGAUUAUGGCCCCAAAAGAGCUCACUGGAACAUUCAAAAGUUUAGAAAUCCUUUAGUAACCAAUGCCAUCAUUAAGGUUGCAAAGGUCUUGAGAAAGCUCUUUACGUUCACCCAUCACAAGAUGUUUCUUCUUUUUAUAGGCCAUCAUUUGGGACUGAAGCAGCUGAAAAUAAUCUGCACUGACAAGAGGCAGGAUUUCUUUCUAAUUACUUAGAGAUUUUAGCUGGUAUCUUGACUUCCCAGGCCUUUUUGCACCUCCCUCUCUUCACGUAUUCAAUACUUUUUCCCUGUGCCAUUCCACAUUAUAACACAAUUGAAUUUCUGGAGAUCUAUGAUUAGAUUUCUUUUUAUGUGUGGAUUGCAUGGAUUGCUACCAAUAUCUGGUGAAAAUAUCAUGUCAAUAGCACCUCUAGAAAUAUAUUAUAUAUAUACUGAGAAAAAUGGUAGACUGUUCAAUACUUAUUUCACCCGCUGUAUCUAUAACAACCUAUUAUUUUCUGAACUAGUUCAUCUUGAGUGAUGAUUUUGGACAUUGUCCUUUUAGUUUGACUUCAGGCAUCCUCCAACCUAUGUCAUUACAGUUGUAUUACUUCCUUAUUUGUCAUUAGAUGGGAUGUGCAAAUGACAAAAUUAUCUCACAUUUAUAUUCAUUCAGGGGGUUUUACUUUGUAUGUCAAGUGAUUAUUGUGCAAAUAUCAGUAUGUAUUAAUAAUAAAUACAUGU